AUGCCCGACAAGGCGUUUGUCGAUGCCCAGCAAAGCCUAUACAAAACACCCAUUGAGAAGAUUGACCCUGCAUACGUGAAGCGAACUAAUAUGUUUGAAUUUCGACACUUUGAGGUCCAGUCUCUGCAGCUCAACUUUGGACCCCAGCACCCAGCAGCUCAUGGUGUCUUGAGAUUGGUGAUGGAGCUGGACGGUGAGAUUAUUAUUAGACUGGAUCCCCACGUCGGCUUCCUUCAUCGAGGUACUGAAAAACUGAUGGAAUACAAAACAUACACUCAAAACCUUCCCUACGUCGAUCGCCUUGACUACUUCAGCAUGAUGUCCAGCGAACAGUGCUACUCAUUGGCCGUUGAAAAACUUCUCGGUAUUGAGAUUCCUCCUCGCGCUAAGUAUAUUCGCAGUGGGUUUUGCUUCCUCUUUACUGAAACUCCUACAUCUAUGAUAUCAUUUACCAACGUUCUCUCUUCUAUAGCUAUGUUUGCUGAGGUCACACGGCUUCUCAAUCACUGCUGUGCAUUGGGUUCAAACAUCCUUGACAUGGGUGCCAUCACUCCGUUCUUUUGGCUUUUUGAGGAACGUGAAAAGUUGAUGGAAAUGUACGAACGUGCAUCUGGUGCUCGUUUUCAUGCUGCCUACGUUCGCCCCGGUGGUGUUAGCCUUGAUAUUCCCCUUGGAUUCAUGGAGGAUCUCUAUGGAAUCAUUCAAAAAUUGCCACAGCGCCUGGAUGAAGUGGAGGAUUUAUUGAUAACCAAUCCUCUGUGGAUUCACCGAACCAAAGGCAUUGGCGUUGCUGCUCCCUUACUCUCUAAUGCUGGGCGUUCCCUCUCUACAUCCAACAAUUACGCUCAAUCGCCGGAAUUUUCGAGCAUUUUGGAGGAGCGCAUCCUCGGACAGGCUCAACAAGCUGAACUGGAGGAAACUGGACGUGUUCUUAGCAUUGGAGAUGGUAUUGCUCGUGUGUAUGGUCUGAAGAACAUCCAAGCCGAGGAAAUGGUUGAGUUUUCUUCCGGUCUGAAGGGUAUGGCUCUCAAUUUGGAGCCCGACAAUGUCGGUGUUGUUGUCUUCGGCAAUGAUAAACUCAUCAAAGAGGGUGAUAUCGUCAAGCGUGCUGGCGCUAUCGUUGAUGUUCCUGUCGGCGAGGAACUUCUUGGUCGUGUUGUGGAUGCUCUAGGCAGCCCAAUCGACGGUCUUGGUGCCAUUUCCACUAAACAGCGUCGUCGAGUCGGUGUCAAAGCCCCUGGCAUCAUCCCACGCACCUCCGUCAAAGAGCCCAUGCAAACCGGUAUGAAGGCUGUUGACAGUCUGGUACCCAUUGGUCGUGGUCAGCGUGAGUUGAUCAUCGGCGAUCGUCAAACGGGCAAAACCGCCAUCGCUAUAGACACCAUCAUCAACCAAAAGCGCUUCAACGAUGGUGCUGAUGAGAAGAAAAAGCUUUUUUGCAUUUAUGUUGCUAUCGGUCAGAAGCGCUCUACCGUUGCUCAGCUCGUCAGGCGUCUGACCAUUGCUGGGGCCAUGAAUCACAAUUUGUGGAAUAUAGAACUGUAUCUACACUCCCAGUUCCUUCCGUCAUUUUCAAUAAAUCAUUAUCUGACCUCAGUGAAUUCUAGAUUUGUGUCUUAUAACAAUUUGCUUUCACUGUUUGUAGUAAGGGAAUUACGAGAAAACCAGAAUAAACAAUUAAAAGGCAAAGCAAUGUUCUGUUUCUGCAAUAUCAAAAGACGAAUAACUUAUUUUAUUAAGAAUAAGAAUAUAGAUAAAAUUCCGACAAAUACUGAAAUUGAGCAAAUCUACAUGAUCAACCAAUAA